CCUUUUAUUUCUUCUUCUUCUUUGAAAUCACAUUCUGCCCUUUUUGAGAAAAACAGCUAUGUUCUACAUGAUUCUCCGUCAGGUUGCAACAGUUUUUUUUUGUCACCAAAUGCUAAUGAAGGGGCUGCAUUUCAAAGGUUUGACAUUUUGUACGACAGUAAACACAGAUGUAGCUUGCAGACUUUGAAGCUGGUGUUUUCACCUCUUGUCUUGUGUGUUACUGUGGGUUUGUGGUGGUCUCUUUACUGGUGUCCGGCAUGAUUCUUCACGGAUGUGGUGAGAGUCAGUUUGAAACAGGAAACACUCAGGUUCAUUCUGCUCUCAUUAGUCCUUCAUUCGACUUCAAGCGAAAUCCAUCAUAAUGGAGAUCGGUACAUGGGUAAAGGCAUGAUUGAAGUCCAAAGCCAGCAAGGAGUUUUCCUUGCCAUCAUUUCUUUGGCUUGUCUUGGUUGUAUUUACACUUUCUGUCUGUGGUGCAGAAAGAAAUCUACUAUGCGACAAGAGGACAAUGACCUGUAUGACCAAGAUCAUUACAUAGACAGUAAUUCUGACAAUAAGGAAUAUAAAGCAGUGAUUAGACCAAACCAAAGUAAGAUGCCUUCAACCUCAAGACAAUCAACGGCGAACAGGCCUGUGGAUAGUGACAUCCAUUGGAGUUAUCAGAACAUUCGAGAUGAACAAGGCUUCUUGGAACCAACAUAUGUGGACCCAAUUCCAAAUUCCCUUUAUGCCAACGACGAUGAUGCAGGUAUGGAUACAGGAGAAUACGAGAAUGUUUUUCCAACAAAAGAAGUGCAACAUGACUCAGAUAGCUGUAAUUAUGAAAACUUGAAAAACGACAGUGAGGAAGAUUCAGAAUCAGAAUACGUGAACGCACCAAGAGGAAACAUUUCUGGAUCAGAAUGAAAUGACCUGUUUUUUGUUGUGUUUUUUACAUUUUGGUUUUCAUGCAAGUGUGCAUUUACUGUAAAGUAAAAAAAAAAAAAAAAAGUGUUCUGUUUAAACUUGUCAAAUAAUGCUCAGCUCUGCUGAUCAAUAAACAACUGUUCAAUUCAGUGUUAAUGAACAAA